AGCCUCAAGCCUCAAGCCUCAAGCCUCAAGCCUCCUCCCACUCUCACUACUCAUCCUUACAGCCAAAUAAUUACGGUUCCCCCCCAAAAUGUCUGCUGCUGGUCACAAGUCUUUAAUAGGCUGCGCCACAUUAUUGCUUGUCCUUCAGCUCUCGUUCUUCUUCCUCUUCCUUGAUGGAGCCAGUGGCAGCGGCGAGCCGAACUAUUGGUAUAAUUUGACGAGCACGCGAGGUCGGAACCAGGUACUAAGCGGCGGGUGCAACCUGUUCCAGGGGAGUUGGGUGUUAGACCUGACUUAUCCCCUGUACGACUCGUCGAGCUGCCCCUUCAUAGAUCCCGAGUUCGACUGCCAGAAAUACGGCCGGCCCGAUAAGCAGUACAUGAGAUACGCAUGGAAGCCCGACUCUUGUAACAUCCCCAGGUUUGAUGGAGGUGAUUUAUUGAGGAGGUGGAGGGGGAAGAAGAUAAUGUUUGUGGGGGAUUCACUGAGCCUCAACAUGUGGGAAUCGUUGUCUUGCAUGAUCCAUUCGUCGGUGCCCAAUUCCAAGACCAGCUUCCUCAGGAAAGAAUCCCUUUCCGCUGUUACUUUCCAGGAUUACGGAGUAACGAUUUAUCUGUACCGCACGCCGUAUCUGGUGGAUAUAGUCCGACAGAAGGAGGGUCGAGUCUUGAAGCUGGACUCGAUCGAGGCCGGCAAGGCAUGGAGAGGAAUGGACGUGCUCAUCUUCAACUCGUGGCACUGGUGGACCCACACCGGGAAAUCCCAACCGUGGGAUUAUAUGGAAAUUGGGAAUACUUUGUACAAAGAUAUGGACCGUUUGGAUGCAUUCUCGAAGGGGCUCACCACUUGGGCCAACUGGGUCGACCUCAACGUCGACCCAUCAAAGACCAAAGUCCUCUUCCAAGGAAUCUCUCCCACCCAUUACAUGGGCAAGGACUGGAACCGGCCGAAGAAGAGUUGUAUGGGGGAACAGGAGCCGCUGUCCGGAUCCAGUUACCCAGCGGGCCUGCCACCGGCAACCUCAGUCGUGAGCAAAGUACUGAGCAGAAUGAAGACCCCGGUGUAUCUUCUGGACAUAACAAUGCUUUCGCAGCUCAGAAAGGAUGCUCACCCCUCCGCUUAUAGCGGGGACCACUCUGGCAACGACUGCAGUCACUGGUGCCUCCCUGGACUCCCCGAUACCUGGAACCAGCUCCUAUACGCAGCUCUAGUGAUGUGAAAAAGAUCAUCAAGACCGAAGGUUUAUCUCUAGUAGGAUUAUAAUUUGUUUGGCAAACAUGAAAAUACUGUAAGGUUCAAAAUUUACCCAUGAAAUGACCUUCCCCAUGAUGGAUGACAAUAAAGUGAAAAGAAAGAUCAAAAGUGUAAAUUCUAUCAAUGAGUAUAACUGGUCUGAAAUGAUAUGAAGUUGAAUGCAAAUUUAGCAAGAUCAAGUUGACAA